UCGGCUACAAAAUUCGGUUCUAAUUGUAUUCAAUAUAAUCACGUGCCAAUAACUCCGGAGGUUGUUGGCGCCGAAGAUUGUUUGUAUUUAAACGUUUACGUGCCAGUGCGGGAAGCAGGGGCAAAUAAAAUCCCAAUGCCGGUAAUAUUUUGGAUCCAUGGCGGCGCGUUCCAAUUUGGUAGUGGCUCGUUAAAUAGCGCAAAAUAUUUAAUGGAUCACGAUGUUAUAUUUGUCACAAUGAACUAUCGAUUGGGACCAAUGGGUUUCCUCAGCACGGAAGAUGAAGUAGUUCCUGGCAAUAUGGGU